UGAGCACUGUCUCCUCACAUGCUGAACGUCAGUACCAUUUUGUUUCUGAAGCAAAGACCAUGUCUGAAGCACAGAGAUACUGCAGAGAGAAACACACAGACCUGGCCACUGUAGACAGCAUGGAGGUUGUGAAGCUCCUGAACAACAUGGCAGGCCAAUACAACCAAUCAGCCUGGAUAGGACUGCACGAUGACCGGGACACCUGGAAGUGGUCGAUGUCAGACCCCAGCUUCUACGGACCGGGGGAGACGGAGUUCAGACCAUGGGAGCCUGGAGAACCAAGCAACGGCCACGAUGAACAAUGCACAUAUUUUGGUUCUGGUGGAAAAUGGGGUGAUUUUGAUUGUAAUUUCCCCCUCUGGUCGAUCUGCUUCGAUGCCACAGGGCCGGAUGCAACAUUUGUCCUCAUCAACAGCAGAAUGACAUGGACUGAGGCCCAGAGCUACUGCAGAGAACACCACACAGACCUGGCCAGUCUGAGAAACCAGGCGGAGAACCAGCAGAUUGUUGACCUGUCAAUUGUCACAGGGUAUAGGACCUGGAUCGGCCUUUACAGAGACUCCUGGAAGUGGUCCGAUGGAAGUAACUCCUCCUUCAAGUACUGGGCAGAUAAUGAACCUAAACUCAGUGCUUUAAAGGUUUGUGUGGCUGCAGCUUUCGACAACUCAGGAAAAUGGGAGGACUUGGACUGUGGAGUGGAGAAACCAUUCAUUUGCUACGGACCUGUGCCUGUUUCAAUGAAAGUGAUAAAGGUGAGGGUGGAGAAACCAAACGGUGUGGAUCUGAACGACCCUGCUUUUCUGGAUGCGAUGUUGGUGGAGGCGAAAAAGAACCUAAGGGCCCAGGGAUUGGACGACAACGUCCAACUGGCCUGGAGGAAGCAGCCGGAUGGAAAAGUCUUCCACAAGGAGGAGGAGAAGAAGAGGGAUGAGCUCUAAAGCUGAAUUGCUGUGUCGGCUUUUAUCAGAGAAAAGUGUAUUUCUUUCCUCAAAGUCCUCGUGUUACAGAAUACAGCUGCAACAAUGAUCUGAAUAAUCUAUCAGUAGUGAGAUAAGAUAAGAGCUGUAAUGUUUUCUCUUAUUAUAUAUGGUUUUGAAGUUAAUAUGUUUGGGGUUUUAACUGUUCAUGUAUCUGCUUGACCUGCGAAAAACAGGAUUUUCUUUCCUAUUUUGUGACAUUUUAUAUGUUUUUUUCAGAUAAAAUAUAAUAAGACAUUUUAAAAUAAUAUAAGAUUUAAUAGAGGGCAAUUCCAGGAAAUCUUAUUACCAAUUAACAUGAUGACCUCUAAUGCAUCUUUAAAGUCAUUUUCAUUAAACAAAAUGUAAUUCUUCA